GUCAUGAGUCAUAAUGAAUUUUUAGAACAAUAUGAGUCAUAAUGAAUUUUCCUAUUUAUUUUCGAGCAGUAUAUUAAAAAUUAUGUUGAGCAUUAAACGCUGUCAUUCAUUUGCCCAUUUGCGCGCGGCAUGUAAAUAUGGGACGCGCAGCGCGCUCACAAAAAUAGGACAUUUUGGACUUUGGACAUGUCUCCAUGCCCUGUCUCGUUGUGUUCGUGACUCGUCGACUCGUGGACAUUUAAAAAAUGAACAUAAACAAAAAACAAACAAAUGAGCCGCCAUUUGAGAUUUGAUUUAAAUUUAGUGGACAACAAAGCACAAAUCAAUUCACUAUAGGUAUUAUAAACGUAAAAUAGAUGAUUUGUGGUCCAAAGCAGAGUAUAUAAAAUCAAAUAUGGAAAUAAAACAAGAAGCUAGCGAGACAACUUGUGAAAUAAAAGUGGAUGAGACUGAGACGUGUGUUGGUCCUUUGGAUGCCUUCAAGAUUGAAAUAAAGGAAGAGCCUAAGAGGGAAACUGCUUACGAGGAAUUUGCUUAUUUAGACUCCAAUGAAUUUCUAGUAAAAUCUGAAGUAGAACAAGAUGAACAUAAAUUUACCCCCUUUGAAAAAAAGCAAACAACAAAUAAAGAAAGUGAAAGUUGUUCCCAGGAAGAGAACAAAAUGAAGAUUAUUGAUCACAUUGAAGGAAAAAUAUUAAAUAAAAAUAUGGAAGUGGGAAGUGGACAGAGGCCUUACGAAUGUGAAAUUUGUUCCAAGCAGUAUACUAACAAAAGUAAUUUAAAAGCACAUUUGAUAGUGCACACGGGAGAAAAACCGUACAAGUGUGGAAUUUGUUUUAAGAAAUUUACUACAUCAAGUAAUUUGAAAAGACACUUGAGAGUGCACACUGGAGAAAAACCCUACAAGUGUAAAACUUGUUUAAAGCAGUUUACUACUCGAAGUAUUUUGAAGACACAUUUAAGAGUGCACACUGAAGAGAAACCUUACAAGUGUGAAAUUUGUUUUAAGCAAUUUACUACAGCAGGUGAAUUGAAAGUACACUUGAGAGUGCACGCUGGAGAAAAACCGUACGAGUGUGAAACUUGUUUAAAGCAGUUUAGUGAAAGAGGUGAUUUAAAAAAACAUUUGAGAGUGCACACCGGAGAAAAACCGUACAAGUGUGAAACUUGUUUAAAACAGUUUACUACUGGAGGUAAUUUGAAAACACAUUUGAGACUGCACACUGAAGACAGACCUUACGAGUGUGAACUUUGUUUUAAGCAAUUUGCUACAAGAGGUGAACUGAAAGUACAUUUGAGAGUGCACACUGGAGAAAAACCGUACAAGUGUGGAACUUGUUUAAAACAGUUUAGCACUUCAAGUUAUUUGAAAAAACAUUUAAGAUUGCACAGUCGCGAAAUAGAAAUCAAUUAGAAUGCUCAGUCUGCUUGACGCUUAGACAAGAUUGUAAUGAUAUGCCUUCAACACGACAUCGACAGCAGAGAACGAGAACCGUUGGCGCUCCAACAUCCGUGCAACCCGUCACCCCACUCAUUUCCACUUCUCUGAAGCAUUCGAGCAUUCAGGAGACUAUCGAACGGAGAAUAAUGAGUCUCGCAGCGACCAGCUCUAGGCUCCCUGACCAGCUAGUGGAUUGAAUUAUUUGGCUUCGUGCUGCAAUUCCUCUAUGGAAAGACUAAUUAUCCACGACGUACCUGUCGUGGCAACUGUUAGGGGCUGUCCAUUAAUCACGUGAGGCUCGAAAGGGGGGGGGUGUGGGGUCCAUAAAAAAUCACAAAACAUCACAAGGGGGAGGGGGUGUAGUAAUACAUCACGUGUAUUUAUUUUUUCUUCACACCUGUUCAAAAAUCGAAGGCGGCAUUGGUGUAACUGAUAAAAAAAAAUAAUUUUUCAUUCAUAAUAUUCUACAAUACAACAACACAUUAAUUUUC